GGCUGGAGCCAGUACCAUCAGGCCAGGAGGUGGAGGCUGGUUUUGGAGCGCUUCUUUCUAUUUUUGUUUGAAACAAGAGCCAAUCAAAAGGAAUAAUUGAGGAGUGGAAGAGGGAGGAAACGUGAGCGGGAGUAUUGCUUAUGAACAACGUGCCGAGGCAGAGGGGGGGAUAGUUUGAGGUACGGAGAAGAAAGAGAUCAAGGCUGGAUUGUACAAGGAUUAACACAAGAUGAGGAUCAGUAACCCAGGCACAGUGUGUUUGAAGCAGGCUGUUUCCACAGCAGCUCGUCGUCGCAGGUGGAAACGCAAGGCCAUGUUGUUAUUGACUGAUGUGUCAGGACCCAAGCAACUGAGUGUGCUGUCACGUAGCUGUUGUCUGAUUGCACCUUGUCGCCGGGGAAUGAAGAGAUCCCGCCACAGACGGAAUACAAAGAAUGCUCAAGUUUGGGAAAGUACAGAAGAGGUGUGUGAAGGAGAUGACACUGAAAGAUCAAAUGCCACAGAACAAGAUGAAGAACAAAAUGAGGAAGAAGAAAAUAAUACUGAAUCUGCUCCUUAUAGUACAGAUGGAACUGUUAAUGGUUCACAUGCACAAAGCAGGACUCAGAAAAAACAUGCCUGCCAAGCCACAGAGGACAAUGGAGAAGCAGAGUAUCAGGAAUUGUAUACAGAUUCAUUUGCCCUUAAUGGGAUUCUCAGCAAUGAAUCAUCUCAAGAUUUCAUUGACGAUACUGCUUUCCCUGGAGCCAGUACAAGACUGUCUGUCACUGCAGUGAACAUUGGGAAUGAGCAGGCUGUUGUCCUUAUGUCCCCAUCACAGAAGUUGACAUUUCAAGGAAGGUGUCGCAUGACUUGUCUAUAUGGGAGUGUCCAAGUGUUAGGCUUUACAAUUGGACAGGAACAGCCUGCGUAUUGCCUGUACUCCUUACCGACACAUGCUGCCCUGAGCAUCGAAGCACUGCCUCAUUGUAAACCUGGCCGUACCAAGCGAGAGAUGAAAAUGGAGGUGAAGGCUGUGUUCCGGCAGCAUGUACCAGCAGCAUCAAGACACAAUUUGAUAAAAGAAGUGACCUCUUCAUGCUCAGUUCUGCUCUUGGAGCAUCUUGACACCCCAAGCAUGGUUUAUCUCUCCAGCUUCCCAGAAUACAAGGAAGUCUUUACUUCACAUCCAAAGAAGAUGAAUUCUCGAAAACAUGCAUUUCUUGAAUGCUCAGCUUUGACAUCUAUUGGAGUCAUUCCCCUCCCUGAUGAUCAAGGGAUAAAUGUGUCGGAGAGCUGGAUAGUCACUGUGCAGGAACUUCUAAAAACAUGUGAAGAUGAUGAUGGAUUUCCUAUUAUCCUGGUAUGUGGAGGAAAGAAUUUUGGAAAAUCAACCUUCAGCAGAUAUCUCCUGAAUUCAUUUCUAAAUCAUAUUCCAUGUGUGGAGUUUCUGGAACUUGACUUGGGUCAGACGGAGUUCAGCCCCCCUGGCUGCAUGGCAUUACACUUGGUGACGGAACCAGUUCUCAGCCCACCUUACAUGCAUCAGUGUGAGCCCCGUAAAAUGGUGUAUUAUGGUGAUGUGUCGUGUGAGCGGGAUUUGGAUCGAUACUUAGAAAUUGCAAAAUAUCUAUAUGCUGGAUGCAGGAAGGAAGCACCUUUGGUCAUAAACACUAUGGGCUGGCUCAAAGGAUUUGGUUUGUCAAUUUUGGUUGAUCUGAUUCGGCUCUUGGCUCCAACCCAUGUGGUGCAGUUUGGAAGCACUGAGAGGAACCAGGAUCUUCCACUCCUCACACCAGAGUUUGUGCAGACAGCAGCUGGAUGGCAAACUAAGGGAAAGCAUCACAUUCAGCAAAAGCCUGUAGAUUUCAGGAUGCUGUUGAGCUCCACAUCAGAGGAGGAGGUGGAAGAAGAGGAUCAUUUAACGCUGCAGGGAGGAUUCCAGGGGCAUAGGUUGAUGUACAUUCAGUCUGAGGUCCCUGGAGGGGGAGAUGGAAGCUGUUUGAGACUCCGCAGCAAUAUCUUAAGAGAAUUGGCUCUUCUGGGUUGUUUUAGUCAACUGCAGCCAUCAGACACUGGGUGUCAUUUGCUUUUGCACAGCAUGCUACCCUAUCAGGUGCCAUUUAAUGCAGUUGCUCUCCAUGUGUUACAUUGUGAUGUAACUCCUACCCAUAUUUUGUAUGCAGCCAAUGCCAGUUUAGUUGGAUUAUGCAGAAUACCAGAUGUUGUCUGCUCCCAGGCAGAUGGGCCUGUGUUGCUCCCAAAACCUCCAAUGUGUGACUGUUUCGGUAUUGGAAUAAUACGUGGGAUUAACUUGGAAAAGAGAUUGUAUUAUAUACUGACACCAGUUCCUGUGGCCAAGCUAAAGCAGGUUAACUGCUUGCUGAUUGGGGCAAUCACUAUUCCCCAUUCACUUUUCAGGAACCAGCCUGAAGUGACAGGAGACGUUCCAUAUUUAACGUCCGAUUAUUCCUUCAGUGUUUCUGGAGCUGGAAAAAUCAAAGUAUGUAAAGAGCUGAGGAGGCGGGCAUAUCGUAAAGAUGUAUCAUAAUGGGAAGAAUUCCUGCGCAUCCUUAAAUCAGGGCAAAUGAACGUUUGGUAAUAUGGGUUAAUUGGCACUGUGCCUUAUUGUAGUAUUUGGGGUUUAAAAAUAAGAGUUUGAGAGUUAAACGUUAAGGGUCUGCAGACCCCUUUAAAAUGUUUGUUUUAGCCUCCUUUCUUCCCCCUCCCCAACACUUUUUAUCCAUCUCAGAAUGUCAACUAAUCCAUGCUGAAUGAGAAAUGUUUGUUUUAAAGUUUGACACUGAGUAUUUGUAAAUAAAGAAUCACUUGGUAUCCCA